UAUUUAUUUAUUUAUUUAUGAUCGUGUGCUCUGUUCUGCUCAUGUUCAUUACUCUCUACACCGUAAGGGCUAUUAGAGGUCAUUGUUUUCGACAACACAAUGAACCCAUUGCGCUGUAUUUGAUAUUUUGGUAAUUACGUCAAAGAAUUGAAUUAAAACUCCAAGAUGUCCGAGAGUAACUCAGCAGUUACGGUGACCGGGAACCCCUACAAAAUCGUCGACUGCUCCAGGGAAAAACGAAAAGGAAUAACUGCCGCUUCACUUGAAGACCUGACCAAUAUCGCCAGGAGUAGACUGUCCCUGCCUACCGAUGCUGAUGUCACGAUUGUUCUAGAGCAAGAUGGUACUGAAGUGGAUGACGAAGAGUACUUUGCAACGUUGGAAAGAAAUACGAGCUUAAUGGUACUUCAUGGCUCUGAAAAGUGGGCCGCACCCGGCAGCGCAAAGACCGCGACGUCACGUUAUAUUCUCGUUGAUAAUGUUGACAAUGCAGGUCGCACUGAUGAAAGUGCAACCACUCGAGGUAAUUAUCACCGGGCGAUCGAACCACUUGUAUCAACAUUACACAGCGAUCCAACACACAUUUCUCUGCUGGGUGGCAACGACCUAGAAUUACUCAGCGACAUGAAUCCCGAUAGUUUGGCUGACAUAGUGCCUGACCGGAUGUUUCUGGAGCAGCUUAAGGAGGCGUCGGGCAGAUUCUUGGCUGAAAAACGUCAAGCCCAAGAGUCAAUGGCACUUCUCCAGAUGUACGCAAGCAGCGGGGAGAUGGAGCGGGCGUAGGCAAUGUGGGGGGUGGGCGCCCUCACCAUUGCCAGCAUGUAUCGUGUAAGACGUCGAAUUUUUUAUAAAGGUCGACAGUUUCAGCAAACGAUGAUUUUGUUUUGGAAUUGAUGCCCAACCUUUAUUAGUAUUAAUAUUAUUAUUAUUAUUAUUAUUAUUAUUAUUACUAAUAAUAAUAAUCCCAAUUAUUAUCAAUUUAAAAUAAAUUGUGUGUCUUAUCAUAACUUGUGGCUAUUGCGCCGAAUCUGUAAGGAAUUAUUGUUAAACAAUUGUCGGAUUAGAUGUAGAUAUUUAGAUAAACUCGAUAUAAGUACAUAUAUUUAUUAAAUCAUUGAUUGAUUAAAACUAAAAUAGUCAUAGUGGAGUAAUUAACUAUAAAAAUAGCUGGUAAUUGAUUGUUUAAUUGAGGUAAUUUUUAGAAUGCAGAUAUAUUAUAUAUAUAUAUGAAAAAAAAAAAAAUUUUCUCUUGAAUUAUUCUUGAAUGAUCGCUAUGACUUAAUGUCAAAGUGCGCGCACCCUACGGAAUUGUAAAAUUGAGACGCUCAGUAAUAACAAGACACAUUGUGUAAUAUUGCAGCAUUUAAAAUAAAAUGCAAAUUAACGGUUACUUAAUUUUAUGAAAAUGUUAUUCAAAUAAUAACCGCUAAUGGAUGGUAGACUUGAUUUGUAAUUGUAAGUUUACUGUAAGUCAGUUUUUAAUAGGAUUAACUUUAUAAUUAUUUUUUAAACGCAGACUUGUUUAUUCAAGUCUAUUGUUGCAAAUAAAUAAUCGAGUCUGCGAUAAAAACAUUUUUUGUAAAAUUUGGAAAACGGUUGACUCUGUGGCCAGCCUCAACUUCCUGCUGUCUUUGAGUCAGAAAAUUUUUAUUUUAUUCAACCAAAAAAAUUAAUUUUUGUACUACGAUAUCUUUGGAACGAAUCAGCGGAUUUGAAUCUACUUGGCGGGAAUCGAAGAGGCUUUUUAAGGCUCAAAACUUGAUACACUUUGAGGUAAAUCGGGCAAGUAGUUUGAGAAAUACGAAAAAAACCUAGAAAAUAAAAUCAUUUUUAGUUUUUAAUUUUCGUAUAACUCGUAAACUUAUCGACUGAUCGAUAUUAAAAUCUAUCGAGAUCUAAGUCUUGAUGAGCCCUUUCGAUUGCCGCCAAGUAGAUUUAAAUCGGUUGAUUCGUUCCAAAGAUAUCGUACCACAAAAACUGUCCGGAAGUAGAAUAGCUUUCAAUUUUAAGUUGAAAAAUGAACAAAAAUCCUUUUUUUUCGAGUAGACGUAAUUGAGCUGUCCCAGGAUCUCAAAACCCCGAGAUCUGUUGGAAACAGAUCGGACCGUAAUCAAUGACUUUUUUUAAAAAUUUGAAAUUUUCUCAGCGGGAAAUUUAAAAAUAAAAAUAUUAAUAACUGACGACCCCCUUAAGAAAAAGAUUGUAAAUGUUUUUAAAAAGUUAGGAAAUGUAUACAUCGCUUGGGUAGGUCCCUCAUGACCUUGGAAGAUUUAACAAAAUCCCAAUACACAAUUAAUUGAUAAUAAUUAUAAAAUAUAAAUGUAAUUCCGUUGGCCGGUAUGUUGUUGGUUGUACGUAGAUUGUAAUAUCGAUGUCUAUUUUACGUUGAUCAUUAUUAUAAAUAAUGUGCGAGUAAAAAAAUGAAAAAAAAAAAAAAAUGAUUUAAGACUGAACUCAUAGACACCACACGCGCAUAUAUAUCCAUCCCCAUUUAGAUCACCAAUUCAUUGUUUCCAUAAUAUAUAUUUAUUAUGAUAAUCGAUUGCAAUCGACACAUACAAUAUCAGCCCUUUGAUACCAAGCGAAGUAGUGCAGAUGAUAAGAGAUUUAAUUAGUAACAAAUAAAUUUAAUUAAAUAUAAUUAAUAAAUUAAAUAAAUAAGCAGGCAGUUUAUUAUCGUAAUUCCAUAAUAAUAAUAAUAUUAAGUAUGUACUCAAAGUUUAUAAACAAUCUAGAGGCUUCUGAUAAAGACUGUAUGCUCACGUCCUGCCCCUAAACCCUUUACCGCUUGAGCCUUUACGAUUAUCAAUUUUUUAAUGACUUUUUUUCAAGAUUGUUAUUAAAGUUUCCUUUAAAAUUAAUAUCUAAAUUAUAGCAGAAGCCUCCCUUAUAUUAUUAUUACUAAUAAUUAUAAUGCGACCCGGUAUAAAUGAAAAAUAUAAAAAAAAACUAUUUAUAAAAAUUGUAAUUUGUAAGUCGAUAGAAAAUUUAAUUAU